AUGGUUACUGUUUUUAAACAUUACAGAUACAAGGCCAAGGCUCUUCCACAAAAGCCAAACUGCAGUCACGAUAAAAAGAAAGUCUACAAUUGUGAAGAACUUGGUAUGCAAGACAUUCGCAGAUUCCAUGAAAGAUUUUAUUCUAAUGUCUCCAAAUCGGAUCAAGAUGUUUUUAUCCUCAAGUAUACAGAGCAAGAAUCGCCCAAAAGGAUUCAUAUUGACAAAAGAUCAACACAAGUUGUUAUCAGAUACUUUAUACCCACCAAAAACAAAAGAAGAAUACAGGUUUGUCAAAAGGCGUUUCUGAGUAUUUUGGGCAUAUCAAAGUUCAAGAUUCAAAACAUCUGCAAAAAAUUUUUACGAGAUGGAAAAUGUCCGAAAGAGAAACGAGGUGGUGAUCAUCGCUCUGCUAAAUUCACAGAAAUUAGACAGAGCCUUAAGAACUUCUUCAGCCAGCUGCAGUUUGCCGAAUCCCAUUACACAAGGGAAAAAAGUUUGAGACGCUACCUACCGAGUGAUUGCAAUGUACGUGCAUUAUGGAAGCAGUAUAAUCAAGGAGUUGACCCAGAGAAAAAAGUGAAGUACUCUUUCUUUUUGCAUGUCUUUAAUUUUGACUACAACAUCAGAUUCAAAAGUCCUGCAACUGAUGCAUGUUCUACUUGCAUUAGUCUCCGAUGCAAGAUUUCUGUAACGCCACCAGGUAGAAACAAGACAGAACUAAUGGCACAGUUAACUGUUCAUAAAAUGAAAUCAAAGUGUUUCUAUGACAUGUUAAAAAAAGUAGAGGAACCAACCGUCAUGAAAUUAUCAUUUGACUGCCAAAAAAAUCUUGCUCUACCCCGUGUUCCUGACCAAGCAGCUUACUACAGUAGGCAAUUGUAUCUGUACAAUUUCACCAUAUGUGUUGGUGAUUCACGAAGCGCCCAAAAUAAAGACUGUACUCGUGACAGAGUCUUUGGUCGCAUAGAGAAGAAAAUUAGAAAAGUCGAUACUUUGAUUGACCCACAAGAAUACCUGAACAUUUUUUCAGAGUUUGGAACAGUGCGAAAAGUCACUAAAGAAGUUGCUGUUGCGGACUGGAAAACUGAAGUUUCAUCUGUGUUAAAAUCAGCAGGUGGCCUACAUUUCAAGUUUGCACCAAGCAAACGAAUAAUUAGCAAGAAAGACAGGAAGGGAAAUAUAUCGCUACAAGGGGAGGAGCACUAUCGGUCAGACUUAGGUGUUCCCAAAGGCAUUUUAAAAAAAGGGAAAACACUCGCAAUGAUUAAACCACAACUAUUAACCUCCACUGUAAGCAUAAAGCCCGAAAAAUUGACAGACGUAGACAAACUUCUUAAAAAACAUUUUGGAGCAGACUGGCGAGACAUAGAAACUUUAAACUUUUAUCGUGAAAUUUUGGAUGGUAACGGUGAUGCUCAGGAAGAGGAGAAUGAGGACCUUGAUGAAGAAAAUAACUAUUUUGAAGAAAAUGAAGAUCUAAGAAUAUGA